GAAGAAGGAGGCGAAGAAGAACGCUGAGCUCUGUGAUUAAUUAUCAGCAUUAUCAUUUUAGAUCUAACCUUCUCCUAUUUUUUUUUUGCUUCUGAUUUUAUUUCCAUUUCAUUCUGCAAGGUUCAGAGGCUAAAAGAGAGAGAUAAAGGAUGACUGAGGUGGAGUUGUCGUGCUUGGCGUGUGUUAAGAUGUUCCUGCACGCGAGUGUGUAUCCGCGCUGCAGCGUGAACGGCCUGCUGUUAGCCCCUGCAGGAGGAGGAGUGUGUGAGGAAGGUGUGUGUGUGACGGACUGUGUCCCUCUUCUGCACUCGCAUCUUCCACUGGCCAUGAUCGCUCAGCUCGCUCUCACACAGGUGGACGUGUGGUGUUCGCAGACGCAGCAGAGGAUUGUGGGAUAUUAUCAGGCUAACGCUAAUCUAUCUGACUGCAGUCCAACUGCAUGUGCUUUCAAAAUGGCUGACAAAAUCCUGGAGCAGAACAGCAAUGCAGUGUUACUGAUGAUUGAUGGAAAAAAAAUGUCACCUGGAUAUCGCGUUCCUCCGAUAGUGAUGUAUGAACAUAAAGACUCGCGAUGGACCUUAAAAGACAAACACACAAUAAUGCUCCGCCAGUGGGAAGAAACUCGAGCAAUCACCGCUCAGUUACUAAACUCGAGAGAUCACAUGCUGUUGGUUGAUUUCGACAGCCAUUUGGAUGACAUCACAAAAGACUGGACCAAUCAGAAACUCAAUGCUAAGAUCAUGGAGCUCAUCUAUCCAGCUAACGGCAACAUGUGAACAUCAGCGUUAUUUACAUAAAACUCACUGUCAUGCUGAUGUCAUAAAUAUAAAUAUAAAUUACACAUGAAAUCCAUAAAUGUAACUUUUCAGUCUUUCUGCUGUUCCAUUUUUUUUUAUUGUUAAUAAUUAAGACUUGUGUUUUAUGUACAUGUAUAAUAAUGACUAAUUUUUAAAAAUAUUAUAAAUUUAUAUAUUUUAAUUAAUUAAUUUAUAUAAUUCAUUCAUUCAUUUGUUAAAUUAUAUAAUUUUAUAUUUUUCGAGCGUUUUUGGUGUGUUAGGGAUGGCAAUAGUUCUGAGAUAAAUGCCACAGUUUUAGCAUCAGUAUUAACUAAUGAAUUUGUGUUACAAGCGGUUCAUUCCUUGGGACAAAAAUUAAAUCAAGUUGUUUUUCUUGAUUUUAGAAUAAAUAAAAAAAUAAUGAA